AUGGCCAUGACGGACAUCGCAGAGGAUGACCUGGAUGAGACGAUGCGUGAGGAAGCGGAGGAUGUCUUCUAUGAGGACGGGGUGUCAUCUCGUGUCCCGGAGAUCAUGGCGGCCGGCACCCACUCCCCCGGCGGGCCCAAUGGCAUCAUACGGAGUCAGUCCUUUGCAGGCUUCAGCACCCUGCAGGAGCGACGCUCACGGUGUAACUCCUUCAUGGGAAACUCUGCGGUGCAAAAGAAGCCUCAGUCCAAGCCAAAGAAGCCCCACCUGUCAGGCCACAAGGGAGGCAGCAGCUCCAGGGAGCCGCAGCCCAGACGACUAGAAGAGGUUUACACGGCACUCAAACAAGGCUUGGACGAAUAUCUUGAAGUUCACCAAACAGAGCUCGACAAACUUAUGUCUCUAAUGAAGGACAUGAAGAGAAACUCUCGCCUGGGAGUGCUGUAUGAUCUUGACAAGCAAAUCAAAAGUAUCGAGCGGUACAUGAGGCGUCUGGAGUUUCAUAUUAGCAAGGUGGACGAGCUCUACGAGGCUUUCUGUAUCCAGAGUCGUCUGAGGGACGGGGCCAGCCGGAUGAAGCAGGCCUUCUCCUCCUCUCCCUCCACUAAAGGCACCAAAGAGAGCAUCGCCGAGGUCAACCGUCGGUACAAAGAAUACACCGAGAACAUGAGCACGUUCGAGAGCGAGCUGGAGAAUCUGCUCGGGGAGUUUCACAUCAAAAUGAAAGGAUUGGCAGGAUUUGCUCGACUGUGUCCUGGAGACCAAUACGAGAUCUUCAUGCGGUACGGUCGACAGCGGUGGAAGCUGAAAGGGAGGAUUGAAGUGAACUCCAGACAAAGCUGGGAUGGAGACGAGAUGAUCUUCAUGCCUCUCAUCGCCGACCUCAUCAACAUCAAGGUGACCGAGCUGAAGGGUUUGGCCACUCACAUGCUGGUGGGCAGCGUCAUCUGCGAGACCAAGGAGCUGUUCACCGCCAUGCCUCAGGUGGUGGCCGUGGACGUCAACGACCUGGGCACGAUCAAACUCAACCUCGAGGUGACGUGGUAUCCCUUCGACGUUGAAGACCUGACUCUGUCAUCGGGGAACUUGAGUAAAGCCACGGUCCUUCAGAGACGAGUGUCCGUCUACAGCCAGGGCACGCCGGAGACCCCCACCUUCCAGGACAACUCCUUCUUUGCCACCUUACCAGAUGAUGUCUUUGAGAACGGCGGCUGCGGUGUGGCUGAGUGCAAACGUCUGUCCUUCACCUUCUCCGACACAUCAGGGUCCGUGCCCGGCCCAGCCCAGAUUUCCUUCUCCCAGAGCCAGUCCAACCCCGAGAUCACAGUUACUCCCCCGGAAACUGAGUGCGUACCCACACAAAUCCUCCAAACAAGGGAGGACUCCAUUGCAGAGGAGCAUUUAGUGGAGGAGGAAGAGGAGGAGUAUGAAGAGGAUGGGGAGACUGGUAGUAGAGGGAGCAAGACAAGUGCCAGCUUUGCCAGCGAUGAAGCAGAUGUCGCAGAUGACUCGGAGUGGGAGCGCACGGAGUCCCAGCGUAAUUCCAGCUACAACUGCGGCUCCGCCGCUCCGUCCCUGUGCUCCGACGGACACCUGUCCACUGUCGCUCCGGAAGACGUUUUCCUGGAUCACGCAGACGAGCUGAAACCGGUGGAGUUGGACACGGAGGAGCCGGGCAGCUUGACCAGGCAGCUCGUGAAGAGGCUGACGUCUUCAGAAAUCGCCCCGGCCGGUGGGAGCUUCACGGAGGGCGGAGGAAGCCUGAGCUGGGCGGGAGAGGGGAGCAGGGCGUUUCUGGAGAGCAGCCUGGAGGAGGCCAUCCACAGCCUGCUGACAAAACUGGAGUCCCUGACCCACCGCUGCAGAGAGCUGCAGGACCUGGAGCAGGAAGUGAUGCGCCUGGAGGACCUCCUCAAGUGUCGACUCCCGGGCCACAGGAGUCGCUCCUCCAGCCUCAGUCUGACCGUGGAGAGCGCUCUGGAGAGCUUUGACUUCCUCAACACCUCUGAUUUUGACGAUGACGAUACAGGAGACGAUAACGUCGGCAUUAACAGCCCCCCAGAGAAGUCUCCGCUUUUUGAUGCUGACGGAAAGAGGAUUGAGAGCCAGCACCCAGAGGCGAGGGGACACCUGAGUGAAGCCCUGACCGAGGACACCGGGGUGGGAAACAGCGUGGCAGGAAGUCCCAUGCCUCUCACCACUGGCAACGAAAACCUGGAUGUGGCUAUCGUCAUCCACCUCCAGUACUGUAGUCACCUCAUACAGUUGUUGAGCAGCGGGGUCGGAGUGUGGCAGCGGCGUCGUCUGCUCCUUAAACUGUCCGGACAGACGCAGCUGCUGGAGGAGCUCGCAGAGAUCAGCGUGGACCUGCUGGGAGCUCUUACGUCAGCUGCUGACGUCCUCCCGAGCCUGGCCGAGCGCCCUCAGCUGAUGACGUUGUGGUCUGAGUGCAGCGGCUCUGCGGGGCUUUUCCACACCACGCUGGACCGAGUGUUCACACACAUGAAGCAGCGCUACACAACAGUGCUGCAGGACAGAUACCCACACAGUGCUGAGACAGUGAUCAGUAUGGUAGUGGGUGAGAUGGUGGACAGGAGCGAUCUGGCUGCGUCUCACAGCCAACAUCCUGCAGCUGCUGCUCUCUCCCAGGACGUCCUGACCGUGUUCCAGUUCCACAGCUACAUCUUAGAACAUGAAGUUCAGGACAUGGAGACACACCUGCUGCACCUGGCGAGAGAGGAGAGGUUUGCAGAGGUCCUGUGCAGUGGGGAUUAUUCUGGGUGUCUAACAGAACUGAAGGAGGUGCCUCUGUCAACUCUCUGGCCUCGAAGUGGCACCCUGAAAGCCCUGGCCUCCCUGCUCACUGCAGAGGACCCUCAGGUCAACAAGGCAGCAGCUGGCUACCUCUCCUCUGGAGCGUCAAACCAGCAUUUCAAGACAAGGGCGGUGGAGUGCUACACUCAGGCUCUGUCAGAGGCUGGAGUCCAGAGUCAGAGGGCCGCCUGCUCGGCUCUCAGCUGCCUGCAGGCAGUGGAGAGUAUCAAAGCGGUCGUAGCGCUGUGUGAUUCAGCCGAUGAGGAGCUUCGCCACGUCGCCAUAGAAACCCUGCUAACAUUCGGCGAGGAGGGGCGGCUGGCCUACGAGCAGCUGGACACAGUGGUGGGGGAGAUGAUCCGUUUGGGCACGCGGCGAGGGAACGCCGUCACCACCGCCUUCUGAGCCGUUACGCCACUUUAAACUAAAGUUUGCACCGUUUCCAAUCAGACCUCACGGGCACCGCUUCAGCGCCACACCUCUGGGGAAGGGAGAGCUGGCGUUUUCCAACUUCUACUAACACCAAACAAAACUUAACACACACAACCUGAACCCCUCCUGCACACGUUCCCCCGCCUGCUUUCUGAGCCAGACAGACCGGUCGGGUUAAACUGGAAGUAGAAACUGGAGUUUGGACCCAAAGCUACUGCAGAGGAAACACCCUUCAAACAGCAUCUCUUUAACCACCACUGCAGAUGUUUUGACUGGUCCAGUCAGCUGUGUGAUCUGUCCAGAAUUCCUUCAGCACGUUUCAGCUCUUUAUUUGCAUUUGAAGCAUUU